UCGCGAAAUUUAUUUUGACUUUAUUGUAUGAAUGUAUCGAUUUGUUUUCGAGUCCGAUGUUUUAUGUACAAAUUGAUCAGAAAUCUCAAAAUUCUCUUGCAUUUUAAACGACAGAAAAAAUUAUUAUCAGCUCUGGCGCGAAAAAUGUUGACCCUUAAAAAUAGAACUUUUCUUUUCGAAAUCAGUCUGUACUACUGUUGAUAUAGGUAUAGACGAAACUCGCACAUAUGACAUCCAAAGCUUGAGAAUGUACAUUUGUGUGAAAUUUUAGAUUAAUGAAUUAUUCUUUUUGAUUUUCAUUACUAUUGUCAUACAUCAUCUUUACUACAAUCAAUGGCAUACGAACAGUUCCAAAAGCUUAUUUAUUAGGAACAACGUAUGAACUUGUAUCAGCAUCAAACAAAUUAUACAAAAUUGAUCCAUUAACUGGAGAAUUUACAAUAUUCACUCUUUUGAGUGAUUACAAACCUUAUGAUGUUACCUACGAUCUUAUUAAUAAGAUAUUCUAUGUUUUUGGUAGUGAAGAAACAAUAAGAAGAGAAUCAACGACGUCAUUGAUUUUGAUUAACCCAUUCAAUGGUACAAAACAUUAUCAAACAAUUAUCACAGAAAAUUAUGCUGAACUAUUUGGUUUACGUGUUGAUAGUAGUACAGGAAAAUUAUAUUCAUUACAAAUGACAGACACAGGAGAAAAUCCUGUGAGUAUUGUCCAGAUAGAUCCAAUUAAUUUUAAAGCUAAACGAUGGGUAAAUAUUACCAAAGCUAAUGGUGUGCAACCUGAUUCAAUGACAAUCUUUUAUAAUUUAACAAAUCAUCAAUACUUUGUGACAGUACCGUAUGGUAUCAAAGAUGUUCUUGUUGGUAUUGAUUUACAGAAAAGAAGAAUAAUAAGUCAAAUUUCAAAUUCUGAUUUACCAUCGUAUUUAUGUUAUGAUAAUAAAACGGAUGCUUUCUAUAGUAUGCAAAACUUUAAGAGUAAGCGUGGCUGUCGUUUAGUACGUUUAAAUCCUUAUAAUGGCACCAUGGACGUUUUAUCCCAUGAUUUUAAUAAUUACGAACCAUCGACUGGAAAUUGUUAUGGAGGAUAUUAUUUUACAAUGAUUAUUCUGAAUGUAGAAAUACAGAAAAUACUAACAUUUGAUUUAAACAAUAAUGGAAAAUUAAUAGCGAAUAAACCAGCACAAGAAUAUUUAAAUGCUUUAGCACUUAUUCCAAUUUAG